AUGCCACUGUACGAAACAAUGCUACAAGAAAAACCGGCCAUUGUGCUGGAAAUCGGUACGGCACUGACCAAAUUGGGCUUUGCCGGUGAACCGUACCCACGCAGUAUCAUUCCAUCGGAGGUGCUGGAUCAUGAGGCAAAAAAUGCCGGUCUUACGACCCCGAACCGGAAACUGUUCAACUACAGCAACGAGGUGGAGUUGUACGAUUGGUUAGUCGAGUUUCUAAAGACGAUUUUCUUCAAGUACGUUCUCGUCAGUCCAAAGGAUCGCAAAGUUGUGAUAGUGGAAUCGGUUCUCUGUCCGACGAUCAUUAAAGAAAAGUUAGCCCGUGCUCUGUUCUGCCACUUUGACGUGUCAUCAGUGUUCUUUGUACCGACGCACCUUGUCGUACUGGCAACGUUGGCGGUGGAAACGGCACUCGUGGUAGAUAUCGGAUACAAGGAAGCGAUCGUGGUACCGGUGUUCUGCGGCGUACAAGCCCUGUACGCGUGGGAAGCACAACCCCUUGCAGCUGAAAGCGUACACAACGAAAUAAGACGCCAGCUGAUGGAGAACGGUGUGGAUGAAAAGCUGCUAACCGAAACGACCGUAGAGGACAUCAAGAUACGAACUUGCUUCGUAACGACCGCCGAAAGGGCGGCAAAGUAUCGAGAGGAUGGUGGAGCAGCGUUUCAACCCUGUCCAGAUGUAGAUUACCCUGCGAAAGGCGAAGCCGUGAUCAAAGUUUCCGGUCGGUUGCGUGAAACCGCCUACGAAGUGAUGUUCCCGGAGGAUAACGAUCGGCUCGGACUGCCGUACAUCAUCCUGAACGCGAUUCUCAAGUGUCCGCGCGACACGCGCAUACAGCUGGCGAACAAUCUCAUCCUGAUCGGUGGUUCUACGAUGGUGCAGGGUUUGACCGCACGGUUAAAGUCAGAACUGCUGGCACUGUUGCAGUCCGAGCUCUACAAGGAUCGGUUGUUUAUACAAACGUUUAAAUUCCAUAAAGCACCCGCAGAACCCAACUUUACUGCCUGGAUGGGUGGAUCGAUUUAUGGCGCGACGGAUCUUGUGCUCACCAAAUCGAUCAGCCGGGAAGCGUACAGCAAAAAUCAAUCCAUUCCCGACUUUACCAACUAUGAAGAAGCGCGCGGUGCUCCGAUGCGUGGCUGA